AUGUCCACAGAAACACAGGGUAGUACGCAAGGUAAAGACGGUGUCGCUCACCACAAUGUUAAGAUCCCGAUCUGGGUGCUUUCACCACAGGAGGAGAAGAAAGCAAGGAAGAACUUGAAGACGUUCACGUACGAAAAGUGUGGUGAGUACGUCCAGGCAAUGGCUAAUUGUGCCAAGCAGCACGGGGUGAAGGUUUUCCCCAGCUGCAGCGCGGAGCGGGACAAGAUGAAGGAGUGUCUCAUGUUCUAUCAGCUGGACGAGAAGUAUCUCGAUGAACAAAGGAACUUGAUCGUGGUGAAGAAAAUCGAGAAGCUGGAGGAGAGGCUGAAACAGCAAAAAGCGCAACUCAAAUGA